AUGUCAUUAGUGAAUUUGGGUAAUGUUUGCGCGCACUUGCAAAACUGUUCCCGCGCAAGAAUUGGUUUGACUUCAAUCCCAUAUACAAAGUUACACUUGAACUUCGCUUAUAACUUAUACAAGCAUGGCUUCUUAUCCAGUUUACAACGAGGAUCUACUAAGGGCCCAGAUGUCACACCGGUAGACGUAACGCCAGAUAAUAUCGCUACUAGAAAACUGUGGUUGGGUUUAAAAUACAGGGAAAACAAGCCAGUUAUUUCUAGUUGUAGAUUGAUAUCAAAACCAAACUUGAGAAUCAGUCUAGAUGCACAUGAUUUGAAGAAACUAUGUUCAGGUACCUCCGUCAGAUUGAUCAAACCUUUGGCUCCUGGUGAAUUAAUUUUAGUGAAAUCUGGGAAUGAAAUUAUGGAUAUCGAUGAUGCUAUCGCCAAGAAAGUCGGUGGUGAAGUGCUAUGCAGAAUUAGGUGA